AUGGGCAAGCUGCAAAGAUGGGCCUACGUAUUUGCCGCCCGGAUCAUUUUGACUGCUGUUGUGUUUGCCUUGCUAGUCGCAUACAUCCCUGUUAACGACUCUCGCGCAGCGGCGAUCGAGCGCAUCUUUCUCUUCUUUGGCGUCUUUACAAUCGUCUCGUUCUUCGUGCACAUCUCUCUCGCCCUCCUACAGAUCUCGAUUCGAAAGCUACACCAGAGCAAUGACGAGCACUCUGAAGUCUACGACCUCGCGCACGUCAUGCUCAAUCUCGACUCUACCCCGCCCUCGACCUGGAAUAACAUGGGCUACUGGCCCGCGCGCGACGAGACGACUCCCGCCUGCAGUUUCCCGGACGCGAACUUGGCGCUGGCGGUGAAGCUUGCUCGCGCGGCGAAUCUCGGGCCGGACGACUGCGUGCUUGAUAUUGGGAUCGGCUGCGGCGAUCAGUCGCUCGUGUAUGCGCCCAUGACGCGACAGUACGUUGGCGCGACGUCGUUAGCUGACCACGCAGCGCUGGCGACGGGGAAGCUCAGAAACGCGGGCUUGCUCGGCAAAGCGAGCGUCUAUACGCUUGACUGCAGCGUGCCGGAUGAAACCCACUGGCCGGCUGAGAUGCUGCGCUCGUUCGUCGUCCAGGGCGAUGUCAACAAAAUCCUCGCGCUCGACUGUCUCUACCACUUUACCCCCUCUCGAGCGCGGUUUCUCGCUUUCGCCCACUCGUCGCUGGAAGCUGCCUGCGAGAGACUGACAAAGCAGGUGUUGAGCGACAGUCCGCGCGAGGUCUGCUUCGCGGCCGAAGACCUCCUGCUCUCCUCGCGCUCCUCGCUCUCGCUCCCCAAACUCCUCGGUCUGCGCGCAAUCUGCCUGCUCACGCAGACGCCGUUUGCAAACUUCCUCGACGAGCACGAAUACCUCUCGCUUCUGCACGCGGCCGGGUUCACCCCCGCCCAAAGCUGGACGGUCGAACUGCAGGAUAUCACCGAGCACGUGUUUCCCGGCCUGGCGGGGUUUCUAGCCGACAGAGCAGCGGCGCGGGACGGCGUCGGACGAUGGCUUCGGUUCGAGCGGUUUGCGGUUUUCGGACAGGUGGUGCGGUGGUGGUAUACCCAGCGCGUAGUCAGAGCCUACAUCAUAUCCGCUAGAAAAUCAAUCUAA